GCACAGCGAGGCACCGGGGCCGCCGGCCGCUGCGGGGGCGUUCAUGCACCCCUCCCGCACCCGCACGCAGCGCGCCCGCCGCUCCCCGCCCGCUCUGCAGGGACUCGGGGGGCUUCCGCGGGGGGGCUCUGGCUUCUCUCGCUCGGGGCACCGCUUUUUUCCUACCGAGGCUCCGGAGAGAAGAGGGGGAAGAACUUGACAGCGAUUCCGCUCCCCCUCCCUGAUUUUUUUUCUGAUUUUUUUUUUUUAAUUCUUAUCAUUUUUUUUAUAAUUCUUUCUUUUUUUUUAAUUAUUAUUACUAUUAUUUUAAUUUUUUUUAUUUGGUUGGUUGGUUGUGGAUUUGGGGAUUUUUUUAUUUUUUAUCUAUUUUUUUUUUUAAUAGCAUUUUUCUUCCUGACGUCCGAAUUUUUGAGACCCCGUCGUGUGCCGGCGCGGGGCUGAUUCCUUUCGUCUGCGCGUUUCCAUCCCGGCGCGGUGAUGAUGGUGCAUUGUGCGGGCUGCGAGAGGCCGAUUUUGGACCGCUUCCUGCUGAAUGUCUUGGACAGGGCAUGGCACAUCAAAUGCGUCCAGUGCUGCGAGUGCAAAUGCAACCUGACCGAGAAAUGCUUCUCCAGGGAAGGAAAACUCUACUGCAAGAAUGACUUUUUCAGGAGGUUUGGCACCAAAUGCGCCGGCUGCUCCCAGGGCAUCUCCCCCAGCGACCUCGUCCGGAAAGCCCGGAACAAAGUGUUCCACCUGAACUGUUUCACCUGCAUGGUUUGCAACAAGCAGCUCUCCACGGGCGAGGAACUGUAUAUCAUAGACGAAAACAAAUUUGUUUGCAAAGAGGACUAUUUGAACUCUCCCAGUUUGAAGGAAGGCAGCCUCAACUCAGUGUCCUCAUGUACAGACAGGAGUUUGUCCCCGGAUCUCCAGGACCCCAUGCAGGACGACACCAAGGAGACGGACAACUCCACCUCCUCAGACAAGGAGACCACCAACAACGAGAACGAGGAGCAGAACUCGGGCACCAAGCGGCGAGGGCCCCGCACCACCAUUAAGGCCAAGCAGUUGGAGACCCUCAAAGCCGCUUUCGCAGCCACCCCCAAGCCCACCCGGCACAUCCGCGAGCAGCUGGCCCAGGAGACCGGCCUCAACAUGAGGGUCAUCCAGGUCUGGUUCCAGAACCGCCGAUCCAAGGAGCGCCGGAUGAAGCAGCUGAGCGCGCUGGGCGCCCGCCGGCACGCCUUCUUCCGCAGCCCGCGCAGGAUGCGGCCCCUGGGCGGCCGCCUCGACGAGUCCGAGAUGCUCGGCUCGACGCCCUACACGUACUACGGAGAUUACCAAGGUGACUACUACGGGCCGGGAGGCAACUAUGACUUUUUCCCCCACGGGCCCCCCUCCCAGGCCCAGUCCCCGGCCGACCCCAGCUACCUUCAGAACUCAGGACCCGGCUCCACGCCCCUGGGACCCCUGGAGCCCCCCCUAAGCGGACACCACUCCUCAGAAAACCAAAGGUACACGGAUAUGAUCUCGCACCCCGACACCCCCAGCCCCGAGCCGGGGAUGACGGGCUCGCUGCACCCCAUCCCGGGGGAGGUCUUCAGCGGGGGGCCCAGUCCGCCCUUCUCCAUGUCCAGCAAUAGCGGCUACAGCGGGGCCCUCGCGCACCCCAACCCGGAGCUGAGUGAGGCAGCGGUGUGGUAG